AUGAAGGUUUCUUCAACUAUCGCAGUUGCAUUUGCUAUGAUUUGGGUCACAGCAUCCAGCCAUGUAUCUGCUUCGGAGACAGCUUCUCUGAAGAAGGGACUGCGUGGAGUGCAACAGCCUCAGCCUCCUUCUGUUGCACGGCGAGCAAAGAAAUCAAACAGCAACUGUGCCUAUGAUCCUGUUACAAACCCUAUCCAUGGUCCUUGCCCACCCAAUUCAGCCGCAGUCUUUAGCUUCCGUGCCUGCAAUUGGGAAUGCAAGUCCGUUCCAGCAACUAGCUCUCCAGCAGUGGUGCUGCCCGAAACCGGAACUGGAGGCAGCAUCAAUGACAUCCAAGAACGCAGCAGUACCGACGAUCAAGGGAAUGGCAAAGAAUAA